UAGAUGUACUCGUUUCGAGCGAAAGGUUCUAUAAUCCUGCUCACCGCUUAAGCAUUCAAACUGUUAUUAGCGCGAGAUGAAUGUGGCAUACUUUCGCGUGAUUAAUGUCCUGGUGUUGGUGAUGUUUGUAUUUAAAAUUUCAGGAGAAACGCUGAACAGGAAGGGUGGGAAAAAACAGUUGAUCAUGUAUCAUCCGAAACCACAUCAAUCAGCUAUUGUUCUCUACGGCAACGAAGGAAGCGGCCAAAAUGAGGCUGAUAAGGAAACAAUUAACGCGCUUUCAAACAAUCUUGAAACUGUGACGAGCCUGGUCAAAGCCCAGUCAGCAAUCAUAGAAAAUCUCAGCAACCAAGUCUCCACAGCUGUCAAAGGAACAGGCAAUGAGAAGAAGUUUAAACAAAUAUUUGACAAGUUCGCCAAUCAUACCAAGCAGAUUCAAAAUGUAACAAAGAAGUUGAAUAAAACAGUUAGCCAUAUUAACGAGCUGGCAGCAGUAUGGUCAGAGACAACCAUCACAUUUAACAAAGAUUUCAAAAGCCUAAAAGAGAAAACAGGGCAAACCCAGGAUGACAUAGAAGACUUGGAGAGAAAACUCACCGAGAAAAUUGAAAAGUUGGAACAGGAGGUUAAAACUUUAAAAGUUUCUUUAAGUUAUGCCCAAGAAGAAAGUGCAUCGCUCAAGGAGGAGUGGCCCGAAGGUAAAUUCUGCAUCUUGGCAAAUGGCCGCUGCCCACGAGGAUUUCGACGCCACGAGGGACAUCUCAAGUCAUUGUAUUUGUACUCGUCACAUUCACAGUUUGUGAACUCGGCCAAAUUUGGAAGCAGUUCUAUUGGUUGCUAUGGUAGCUACUGUGGACAAUACGGCAAUUUCAUUGGCUCUCUCACUUUGAUCACAUGUUGCAAAUAG